AUGUCUGGCAUUUCUCGAUUAGAUGCAAAGCAUCGAAUGGACUCCGGUGCAUAUUGCGAGUCGUGCAUAAGCGGAAGCGAGAAAUUGGAUAAAUUGAUUAAGAGCUCUCAGAAUAAAGCCAACUCCGCCACCGACUACAUCGAAUGGAUUCCCUUUGGUAAAUUGGACGACGUUAAAUUUGUCGCCUCGGGUCAAUACGGAAGUGUCUCCUCUGCAAUAUGGAUGGACGGACCUCGACUGAGUUUCAACAACGAAACAAAUUCUUGGGAGAGGACCGGUCCAACAGUAGUGGCCCUGAAAACGAUCAAUGACUCUAAACAUUUGUCGGCUUCUUUCUUUCAAGAGCUUAAAGGCUUUUACAACAACUCAAUUGAAAGUAACAGAAUCGUUCACUGCUAUGGCAUUUCACGUGACCCUAAGACAAAGAAUUAUAUCGUGGUCAUGGAAAAUGCAAACCAAGGAUCCUUGUACAAUUAUCUUGUCAAUAACUUUGCAAACAUCACAUGGAACAGGAAAUUAAAUAUUAUAAGCGAUAUCGUCCAAGGACUCAAGAAUAUCCACGAGGCAAAACUCGUUCAUCGUAACCUUCACUGCGGUAACAUCUUGGUGCACUCGGGAAAUAGGAUUCGCGCAGCUAUUGGAGAUGAGCAACUCGAAGAGGCUGAAAAAAUAAGAUUGGAAUUGUGCAAUGAUCGUAUGGUUGUAACCACGCCAUCAACCGCGCAUCUUACCAGUCGUGAAAUUAAAAUCAUACAGGUUUCUCCGACCAAGCUUAAUCUCGAAAUUUACAACAUCAAACCAAAGUCACACAAGAAAAUCAAAUUUGGUCUGAAAAAGCCUGAGCAGAGCCUCGCGAUAAAAAACGAGAAGUUUCAUAUUCACGCGGAUUCGACCGGUUUCGAUGACAUUUCUAACCCCAUUUCAAUCGUGACAUUACCUGAAACGUUCAACAGCACCUCUUUGAAUUUGGAGUUGACCGAUUUCACCAAAAAGUUAAAAAAGAACAAGGAUCUCAAGAAACCGGAAAAAGAUCCCCACAUACCCGACCAGAGAUC